AUGUCCAACAACAGUGACGGUAACAGAUUGUCUGGACGCGGCGACGUCUAUCGUUCUACCAUAACAAGUGGGGAGGUGGACCCGUGGCAACAGUCGACGGCGGAAUACAAAACAUUAGCUGACAAAAGUUCUGAUGACAUUUUAUCUGAAUACUUAUUGUUGGAGUUGGGGCAGAGUAAAAAGGAAAUAUUCAACUUUGUGCAUUUAAGCCAGUCAAUGCGAGUAGCUAACAUCAAUAGUAAGUUAUUGAUUUAA